AUGCCGUCUCAAACAGUUUUUGUUAUUUUCAUAUUUACUGUUUUAUUGGUUGCUGUAUCAUCCCAAGGUGAAUAUGGUCAAGUCUACUGUGGAAGAAGGCUGGCGAUGGCUUUGGCUUUCAUUUGCGAUGACACAUCGUUGGUGAAAAGAUCAGGAGAGCAGAGAGAAGUAUUCAGAUGGCCCUGGAUAAGCGCGCAGCAGGCGAGGAGCUUGGGCAGGAGUAAGCGGCAGGUGGUCUCCGAGUGCUGUGACAAGCCUUGUACCAUCGACGAACUGUUAUCGUAUUGUUCGUAUUCAAUACUAAACUAA